CUCCUUCUACGCUUCUUCCCUCCCCCCCAUCACUGUUCCCACUUCUUAUAUCCAUCAAUGGUGGAGCCCCGAGAACCCGAAACUGCUUUAACUACGAAUCAAUCGCCAAGGAACUGAGAAGAAGAUAGAUAGAUAGAGUGUGUGUGAUCUGCUCUUUUUAUAGCUAUGAUUAAACUCAGAUUCGUUCACCUUCUGACGGCGAUCUGCUUUUUCCUACCAAAGAUCGCCGCGAGAGGCGGCCACUCCGACUACAUCCACCCAGGUACCGCGAGGCAGUUAUUUGCGGAAGAAGAGCCUCGACCGAGUGUGGAGUUGACUCGAGGGUAUAUGACAAACGAUGAUCUCGAGAAAGCGAUGAAAGAUUUCACCAAGAGAUGUAGCAAGAUCUCCAGAUUAUACAGCAUCGGGAAGAGUGUCAAUGGGUUUCCUUUGUGGGUCAUAGAGAUUUCAGACAGACCAGGAGAGAUUGAGGCUGAACCUGCAUUCAAGUACAUUGGGAAUGUACAUGGAGACGAACCUGUAGGGCGUGAGCUGUUGAUACGUCUUGCAAACUGGAUUUGUGAUAACUAUGAGAAGGAUCCAUUGGCUAAGUUGAUUGUGGAAAAUGUUCACCUUCAUAUACUGCCAUCACUGAAUCCAGAUGGAUUUUCAGUCAGGAAACGUAAUAAUGCGAACAAUGUUGAUCUUAACCGCGACUUCCCUGACCAGUUCUUUGCCUUUAAUGAAGACUUGAGUUUGAGGCAACCUGAAACUACGGCUAUUAUGACUUGGCUGAGAGAUAUACGAUUCACAGCGUCAGCUACUUUACAUGGAGGUGCCCUGGUGGCAAAUUUUCCUUGGGAUGGUACGGAGGAUAAGAGGAAAUACUAUUAUGGGUGUCCUGAUGAUCAGACGUUCCGGUUCUUGGCACGUCUAUAUAGCAAAUCUCACCGUAACAUGUCUUUCAGCAAAGAGUUUGAGGAAGGAAUCACAAAUGGAGCAGCCUGGUACCCAAUAUAUGGUGGUAUGCAGGACUGGAAUUACAUAUAUGGAGGGUGCUUUGAAUUGACUCUGGAAAUAAGUGACAACAAGUGGCCUCGUGCCUCAGAGCUUCCCACGAUUUGGGAGUACAACAGAAAGAGCAUGCUGAAUCUUGUUGCAAGCUUAGUGAAGACAGGAGUUCAUGGACGGAUCUUUUCGUUAGACCAGGGGAAGCCACUGCCUGGGCUUGUUGUGGUCAAGGGAAUCAACUAUACGGUGAAAGCCCAUCAAGAGUACGCAGACUACCACCGGUUGCUUGAACCUGGACAGAUAUAUGAAGUCACAGCGUCGUCUCCUGGAUACAAACCGAAAACAACAAGCGUUUGGUUAGGCGAAAACGCUGUCACCGCUGAUUUCAUUCUCAUCCCAGAAGCAAGUUACAGAGGCAAGCUUCUGAGAAGCAGUAGCUGUGACUGUAGCUACGGUCAGCCGUUACUUCUAACACGCUUUUUCACGGAGACUAAUAACGGAAUCAUGUUUGCGCUUGUGGUGGUUGUAGCUUUCCUCUUCUUUUUGUUGCAAAGAAGAGUGAGGUCUAACCUGUGGAAGCAAAGACAAUCCUCUAGGAGAUCAACAACAGUAUGAUUAUAACUCUUUUAACUCUAAUAAGCAAAAAACCAGAGUUCGAACCCCUUUGAGCCCCUUCCUCGUGUAGUUGUUUGUUUCCCAUUAAACAUUUUAUAUAAAAUCAUACAAGUGCAGAAAGAGUUGUACUAUUAUAAAUUUUGGUGUUACACCUUA